UGUAUUUGACGUUCUCAGAGAGCGCCGCAUAACGGAGCUGCGCACUGCUCAACCUUUUGUGCGUAGCGGAUCAUGAUUUCGACAUUCUUAUAAGCAGAGAACAUUCGAACACAACAACAGUUGUCGCUUGCCGGCUGUUUGCAACGCACUCGAAAUAAGAGGUCUCCGCGUAGCAUUGCUCUUUGCGCUCGUCGUUCGGUUGUUAUGUUGUCGUGGGCGCGCAACGGACCAAUAAUAAUUAAAUAAUAAAUAAGGAACAUUGCGAUUAGAAGAGAGUGCGUGCCGUUUAAGGAGUGUGUGCGUUCCGGGCAACGGGCAACGAUUCAACAAGAAUUGAUGUGCGAUGGCGCUGGAAAUAACAAACUCAAUAUUAUCGCUGCAGCCAGCAGUUGAGGCUGAAACACUGGCGCCGCAGUCAUUCCACUGGCAGCUCGAGGAUUACGCAUACUUUCACAAGUGCGGAGAGAUAACCAGCUCGCCGGACGUACAAUGCUUUGGCUUCAAUUGUGCUUUCUGCCCGGCGAUUUGCCUGCAGCUAUCGGUUUUCAUCGAUCACAUACGCGGCCAGCACAUGCAGGACAUGCGCCGGCGCUACGAGGGCGCCGAUGAGAAAAUCGAACAAACAACGCAAACAGACUUCAACUUAAUGAUAAGGGACAUGCAUCGGGAACAAAUGGACACAACUCCAGCUCUGACAACUGCAAUGGCCACAACAAAUACGCGCAUGGACAAACGCGCAAAGAAACCGAAUUGGAGCGAGGCGCAGGGCGCGGGGCUCUUAGACAUGGGCCUGGACCUGGGCCUAGACCUGGUUAACAUGGUGCAGGCCCAGGGGCUGCCAAAGACAAGCAACAACAAUGCAACGUUAUUCCAGCUUGGCAACACGAACCCAAAAACAACAACAACAACAACAGCAACGUCGACACCAGCCGACCUGGACUUCGUUUAUGUUAUGGAAAAUCCAUUGCCACCCUCGCCCCCACCAUCGGCUGACAUUUCGAGUGACGGGAACAGUCCGUCGCGACUGCACCAGCUACAUCCGUUCGAAAUGUUGCACGAGGCGGUCUCUUCAGUCGAGCACACGGCCACACCCACGCUGUUCGAGGCGGUCUCCAGAGGCGGCCACACUGGCGUCGCACCGCCCCGUUAUGAGACGCGGCGCGUGGCAAUGCAGCGCAAGCUGCGCGACGCGGAAAAACAAACCGCAGAAGAGGGGCAACAGCAGCGCCAGCAUAUGGAGGAGAACGUUGGAAUGCUGGAGCUGACGCCGCCAGCCACGCCGCCAACACCCAUGCCGCCCACCUCGCCGACGAGCAGCGUCGCGAGCAGCGUUGACUUGAAGCUGCGCACGCGUCGCGAGCUGGAACGCAAUCGGGAAUUCGUGUGCUCCCUGCUGGUGGCCUACGAGCGGAACGAGAAACUCUGGAAUCCCAAGCACCCGGACUACAAGUACAAUGCCAAGCGCAGCGUCUAUAGUGAGCUAGCCACACCACUUCAGGCCGUCUUUCAGAUACCACUGACCGGCGCCGAAAUCUUUGCCGUGCUCAAGGAGCUGCGUGGACGCUAUCGUCGCGAACUCAGCAAAGUCAACUCCUUGGGUGGCAAGUACAAAACGCGUCUGUGGUACUUUGAGAAGAUGCAUUUCUUACGUGGCGUCAUCGAGCACAAGCGUGCCGAAAGGGAGGCAAAGAGCGAGUCGACGGAGAGUGAAAAAUCAAGUGAAACGGAUAGCGAAUCGACAACAAAGUCGGCGCAGUAUCGUGAAGUGCUCAGUUGCAUAAUAGAUGCGUUUAGGCGCCAAGAAAGUCUGUGGAAUCCGCAACACUUUGACUACAACAACUGCUGCAAGAAGGAACUGUACCGGGAGAUCUCAGCGGAGCUGCUGGAGGAGCUCAACUAUGAGAUGACUGGCGAGGAGUGCUACAAGGAGUUGCAGAAAUUGCGCACUCGCUAUCGCAAGGAACUGCGCAUGGUGAUCAAGCACAAGGGUCUCUAUCUGCCAAAGCUUUGGUGCUACGAUGAGCUAGAGUUCCUGCAAAAGAUACUCCAGGAUCAGAUCUUCAAUAAGAUAAGCAAGAAAAAGGGCGUGGUGGAAACGAAUCACAGGACCAAGUUUAUUGAUUCCAGUAGCAUAAGUUUUGUCACGCAGGACGACCAGCUGCAGUUCGUGGAAAUCUAUCGCAACUAUCCGGCAUUGUGGGACGUGGAUCAUCCUGACUUUCGCUCAAAUGCCUAUCGUAGUCAGGCUUUGGCCCAAAUGCUGGACGAGCUGAACACCACUUUUCAAUGCUCGUACACUUCGGCAGAGCUGGAGAAGACGCUGUUCGAGCUAAGAAAGGAUUUUUCAGCACAGAAACGGAAAAUCCUUACCAAUGCCUCGGGCUCCAGUAGUGUUCCGCUGCUACAUGCGAAGCUUGGUCAGUUUCUCGAACCGAAUCUGGGCCCCUUUCGCUGUGAUGUCUGCGCAGAGUUGGUUAAGACCUGCGACCAGUACAAGGUUCACCGCGCUGGCCAUGACGGGACACAGCCCUUUAUUUGCACGCUGUGCGGCAAGGGCUUUCAAAUGCCGUGCAAUCUGACCGUACAUAUACGCCGCCACAGACACGACUUCCCGUACGCCUGCGAGCAGUGCGAUAAGCGCUUUGCCACCUCCACCGAGGUGGCCAUACAUAUGCGCACCCAUACCGGCGAGCGACCCUACAUUUGUGAUCUGUGCGGCAAGUCGUUCAAGACGUGGUCCUUCUUCGACAUUCAUCGGCGCACGCACCUCAAUCAGUCAUCCUUCCAUUGCCCCAUCUGCGACAAGGGCUUCUAUGAGAAGAACCGCUUCACCGACCACAUGAACGCCCAUCUGAACAUUCGCAAGCAUUUGUGUACAGUGUGCGGGAAGACAUUUACCACAUAUGGCAACCUGAAGAAGCACACCGAACUGCAUCUGGCCGUGAAGAAGUACAAGUGUACAGCUUGUGGCAAGCGUUUUGCGCAGUUCGCCAGUCUGCGCUGGCACAAAAAGCGUGAGCAUACCUCGGAGCAGCAACAGCUGCAGCUGGAAGAGGUCGAGCUGGAGGUGGAAGCCGACGCGCAGCUAUAGAUCCCUUCGUGUUUACAAAGCCAUUUAAGAAGUUAGUUUAAUAACCAAGUACUUAGAGAUACUCACUGUAAC